UGAACCACUCUUUCUGUUGCCAUGGCGGAUUUUGAUUUCGAACCUCCAUCCUUCUCUCUAGGGCUCGAUUUUGACCUAUCGCAGCCCCAAAUCACCCCUCCGCCCGACCCCAUACCUCAGCCAGCUAAGCGGCCUUCCUCCGCCCCCAUUCUCCGCCCAAUUGAAGAAGACGACGACGACGAUUUCCAAUGCCCGAUUAGGGUUUCCGAGCCACCGAGGGACUUCAAAAGGCUCCGUCGUGUAACCACGGCCCGGCCCCCGCCCCUGCCCGAGGAACCAAAGGUGGAGUGCAAGGAUCAGUGUGUGGAUGAUGACAUUGAGGGCUUUUCUUCCGAUGAAGAUUGUUCUAGAGCAGGUACUCUUCCCAAUUAUUCUAUAUGUAGCAGUUCAACUAAGGGCAAAGAUUUCCCAAGUUCUUCUGCUUCCAUCAAUGUUCAAUCAAGAGGCAGCAAUAUGAUAUUCCCAAAACUGACUGUAAGUCCUCUAAGAAGGUUCCAGUUGAUUGAUUCUGAUUCUGAUUUUGAUGAUCCUUCCACAACUGAAGACAUGCUCAGAGAGCCCCCAAUUGUGGUUUUGUCUCCGGAGGAGAAAAAAACAGAUUAUUGUGAAGGAGCUAAAACAUCAGUUGGCAAGCACCAAACCAAAGACUUAUGGAAAGAUUUGUGCCCAGAGAAGAGCUCCUCUAUUCCGACGCCUGCUUUUGAUGAGUUCUGCAAAGAAUAUUUCUCUGGUUUGAACGAUAAGAGUAUGCCAAAAAUUAACUGUCAACAAGCUGGCAGUGGUGUGAACAGAGAUAAGAAGACUAAUCUUCCUCCUGCUCAUUGCUACUUUUUCCACAAUGAUUCAAGAAUUCAGAAAUUAGUUCGAGAACGGUUACCCCAUUUCUUCCCCUUGGAACUAGGCAACAACCAGGACAUGAAGCAACAAAAUGCAUCAGUAAUUGAUUACAUGGGCCAGUUCAGCGGUGAACAAAAUUCUAGGCAAACCAGCCACAGACAAACUGUUGCGAAAACUCCCAAAAGAAGCAGGAAUAACACCAAGAAUUCUCAGGUUGAUGUCAUUUCAGAACAUUCCGGGGGCUGGGUUACCCCCAAAGCAUUUGCUAAAAAAAAUGCUGGGAGCAGAAAUGGGCAAUCAUCUGUUAGUGGAAGUAGAUGCACUGGUACGUGGCACAAUGGCCAAAAUGGGAGAAAAGUUUAUGUGGCGAAAAAUGGGCAGGAAUUGACUGGGCAAAUUGCUUAUAGACAGUAUAAAAGGGAUAGCGGAAAGGGAUUCAAAAAUACAAAGAAGAAAACAGCUGCCAAGAAGAAAACUGCCUCGAGAAAACCUGCUGCAAAAAAAUGAUUCACGAGUUAUUCAUAUUCCUGUUUUCACCAUAUGUAUGGCCAAGAUGAUUUUGUAUAGAUAUAUAGUGCUUCGGUUUUCCAUGGAUUUAUUUGUAAUAAAAUAAGUUCAAACCAAUUAAUCAUAAAGUGAUUAAAUUCUUUCUUA